UUCGCAAGUAAACGGCAUCUUUCAGGAAGAAACUCCCGAGUAAAAAGCGUCAAGCGUUGAACGACCGGCUUCUGUCAGGUUUCAGGAAGGUUUUUCAGAGGUUCCUUCUUCCUCAUAUGCUGCUUUUUCUGAAGGAGGCAUAGUCAAAAUGCUGAUUAAAGAAUUCCGAAUUGUCCUGCCCAUUUCUGUGGAGGAGUACCAAGUUGGUCAGCUGUAUGCAGUCGCAGAGGCCAGUAAGAAUGAGACGGGUGGAGGAGAAGGUGUGCAGGUGAUCGCCAACGAGCCAUAUGAGAAGGAUGGAGAGAAGGGACAGUACACCCACAAGAUCUACCACCUGCAGACUAAAGUGCCAAGUAUUAUUCGUCUGAUAGCUCCAAAAGGUUCUCUCAUGGUUCACGAGAAGGCCUGGAAUGCGUAUCCUUAUUGUCGAACUAUUCUUACAAAUGAAUACAUGAAAGAUUUCAUGAUUAAGAUUGAGACGUGGCACAAGGAUGACAUGGGGGAUCAGGAGAAUGUACAUGGACUGGACCAAGCGGCAUGGGCCAACACUGAAGUAGUCGACAUUGACAUUGCUGACAGAAGUUGCAUAAGUCCAAAGGAGUACAACCCAGAUCACGAUCCAGCCAUCUUUAAGUCAGAGAAGACAGGCAGGGGGCCUCUGGGACCAGACUGGAAGAAAGAACUUGCUAACAACCCCAACUGUCCACACAUGUGUGCCUAUAAGCUGGUCACUGUUGAAUUCAAGUGGUUUGGACUACAGGGCAAGGUGGAAAAGAUGAUUCACAAGGUGGAGAAGCGCUUGUUUACCCACUUCCACAGACAGCUUUUCUGCUGGAUUGACAAAUGGUAUGAUCUGACCAUGGAUGACAUACGACGCAUGGAGGAGGAGACAAAGAAGGAGCUGGAUGAGAUGAGGAAGAAUGACGAAAUUAAAGGCCUGGCCGUUGAAGAUGAGUGAUGGCAGCUGACUGGAUAACACAAUCUCUCUCUGACACUGGAGGAGUUGACUUCAUUCAGCAAGCUUACACUCCCUGGCUGAGACACUGGGCCUAAAACAGCUUCAUAGGCAUAAUCAGGAAAUCCAGACUUACAUCAUAAUAAAAUUUGUUCUUAAUGAA